AUGAGCACACCGGAGGAGCUGCCUCCUGAUGGCGUCAAGAUUAUAUCUCUCCUUCGGAGCAUGGGUGUCACGGCAUACGAGCCUCGUGUGAUCCAGCAGCUGCUCGACUUCCAGUACCGGUACACUGCGGAGUGCCUGCAGGACGCCGAGGCCAUUGCUGAGAGGUCGCUGGGACCGCGACCAGAGGUGACCAUGCCACAUGUAGUCUUGGCAACAGAGCUGGCAUCUGCCCACACCUUCACCAACCCGCCGUCGCUGAAGGUACGUGGGAAAGGCAUGCUGUUCAUGACGUGA